GUUCGCAUUCACGUUGUGGCUCUGUAACUGCGCGUGCUCCGUCACUGCUGUCGGAAAUAACAAAGAGGUGGAUUAACGUGCGCAUUUCCAUAGGCAAAGAACCUUGUUAGUUUGAUUAUUAUUACUACUAUUAUUUGAUUUCUUUUUCUUUUAAUAAACAGCUCUGAUCAGGUCAGUCGCGCGCUCGUGCACGCAAUUCUACAGCCGUCCUAGUGUCUAGUGUCGGCGCGCGUGAACUUCUGACCGCGCUGACAAGGAGGGUUAUGAGAGGGUUUCCUCAUGCGGAGUGUCCCGGGAUCAUGUCUCUGUCUGCGGACUGCUCGGUGCACGCACGUUCGCCCUCCGACGGCGCGCGCGGAAGCCUGAUCUCUACCGUCGCGCGUUGUCUCCAACCGGACCCUGCGCACGCGCCACAACAGGACAAACCCAUACUUGCUGCUCCGAUGUUCGUCUUUCAGAGGAUGACAGCUGCAAUGAAGGUAAAGCCCUGAAAGAGGACGGCAGAGGAAGACGGGUCUGGAGCGUGUAUGAACAAGCGCAUCAGAUUGCUCACCUAUCCUUCGUUGGACAGUCAGAACAAAAAGGCAGGCCCCUGUGGCGUCAGCAAACGAGUGCGGUCGAGUUCUCUGUCCGUUCCAGCGCCUUUACAGGUCCCAAGAUCGAGUGUGUUCAUACCAUCAACCUUGCACAACCAGAACCAAGUCUCAUCCUCCACAUCAUCUCCACGGGGCAGAGUCAAGAAUACACCGUUAAGGCCGGCUUCGCUGGUAGCCCCUGAACCAUGGAGCGGUCAUGAUGCGCCUCGUAUUAGACAGUUCGGCCUUAACGCAGAGGGAAACCUCUCCAGGGUUACAAUUGAGCUCCCGUCUUCCGACAACGCCUUAGACCAGCGGAUCUUACCCCAAAUGAGCAGAAAUCUCUCACAGACAAACACUGCCGUCACUGGAAGUGUCCAGUUUGUGUUUGGGGAGAAUAUGAGUGAGAGGGUACUGAGUCCACCUUGCAGUGAGGACAAGUCUGAAACGGACUGCAGCUCGUCCGACUCGGAUUCCUCCUGCACCGAAGACACGAACACAAUGACGGCACAAAACACACUGUGGGAAUCCGCCGCAGCCCACACGGCCGCCUGCAGAAGACGCUGUCUGCUCAAACAAGUGCAGAUCUUCACCGGAGAGGAGAACGAGAGCAACGUCGUCCAGCUGACGUGCAAGCUGUUCGUUUUGGAGAGGGGAACCCACUCGUGGAGCGAGAGAGGGGGAGGGGUCUUACGACUGAACGACUUGCAAACUAAAUAUAAGGGAUGUUUGCAGUCAAGGAUGGUGAUGAGGCACCAGGGCAGUUUGAAACUGAUCCUGAACACGAAGUUGUACCCGCACACACACCUGCGGCGCCCGGCACGGAGGAACCUACAGGUGACGGCCACUGACUUGGAGACCCACAGCGUACGUGUGUUCCUGGUCCAGGCCAGUGCCCGAGAUAUUGCCCGCCUCUAUAUGGCUAUUCACCACAGACUGGUGGCCCUACGCUGCAGUACUGCCAUCUUCAGGGACCGAGAGGGACACUUCAGCAGCGAGGAGGACAAUAACAAUGAGGAGGAGAAGACUAAUGAGGAGGCGGUCUUAAUCACCCACACCAGAUCUGGGAAUUGGAGGAACAGUCAUCCCAGACUCCAUCGGUGAACAUCCCACUCAACCUUACAGCCAACAAAUAGUCCCAGCUUGCUUCUGGUGUCAGCCAUUUUGUGACUAUUAAGAUCUCUAUGGAGGCUUUUUUUUUUGUAGCUGCUUACAAAUAUUUUUGAAUAUUAUCCAAAAAAAAACCACAGCCUUUUAACAAAAACAGUUUUCUCAGGUUGGAGACAAUGAUGAAUCCAUCAUCUGUAUAAUAUAAAUAUUUUAAAUGUUUUUUUUUGUUGUUUUUUUUUUUUUUUUUUUUAAGCAAAAAAAAUUCAUUUGAACCAGGCACGAAAAAUGAUGUUUAUAUUGAUCAGCUCAGUUAAUGAUCAGGUUUAGUACAGGACCACAUUUGAACUCUUCUGUGACGGAUGGAAAUGACAGGAUGGUUUAUGUAUGUAAACGAGGGCAAAGGGACGUUCUCGAUGGACCUUAAGUUCACACUAUACAUUUCACAAGCUCAGACUCUUACAGAUAACUGUGAAACCGUGACGUCUGGCGGAUCUGGGUCAGGAUGCAUCUAUGCAAACUUCAAAAUUCAGAUGGAAUUUUAAAAACGGGCCAAUUUUGGGCCAGUUAUCUUCUUUUUAUUUAUUUUUCCGAUUUCUUAACAGCACUUUGUCAGGAAGGGGUUUAAAUGAUCUAUCUUUCGGUUGCUGAACACAGGCCUACUACGGGUCCGUUCGGUCUCCGGUGUGCCAAUUAUUUAUAAUGUGACUGGUAGAUAUGUGUGCUCUAUUAACAAGGGAUUUCUGUUUCCACUCUACCUCGUGAACAGUUUUUUUUUUUUUUAAAUACACCAUCUGAUCUUCUGCACUGACAUUUUGGUCCUAAGAAGAGCCGGUCGUGUUUAAAAUAAAGCGUAUUACCUGGAA